CCGUCCAUAAACAUACAUCGUUGUACCACAUCUUACAGAGUGCGAUCGGUCUUGCCAUAUCAAGCUCAGCAUUCCCUUCUAAGACGACCCCGCAAACCCGCCGUCUUGGCGUCAUUCUCACACCCCAGCGCUGCCAUGCGCCAAUCAGAGUCGUACGAUUGCCUCGGUAGGAAGAUGAUCCCUGUUUGAGGUUGUGCAAUGAGAUGGAUGGAGCACUGUGCGGGCUUGGAGAUACGAAGCAGGAUAUAAAGAGCUUGAGAUACCAUGGAAUUGAGGGAUUGGUGAUUUUGCCAUCUAUCAGCUUGGUUUCCCCCACAUCAGGAAGACUUGGAAGAUUUGUUGGUUCACACUUGCUGCAUCACACCAUCUCUGAUUUAUGAUCAAAAUGCCCGUUUUUGAUCUGAAGAAGAACCUCGUCUUUUACGGCGCAUACCACCGAGAUCCGACAAAUGUGGCUAUACACAUCGCCUGCGUGCCCGUCUUGCUAGCAACCGGCUUUCUCUUCGGCACAAACACGCCCCCCCCUUCCCAUCCGCCACCCCACCCUCCUCACGCACCUGCACCUCCCCCUCAACCUCGGCACCCUCGCCGCAGUAACCUACUCAACCCUCUACCUCCUCCUCUCGCCCAACACCGCCGGUCUAAGCAUCACGCCGCUAAUCCUCGGUGCCGCAUCGCUCGCGAAUAAACUCUCGUCUAGGUAUAACAAGACGAAAGUCAAUAGCAUAGCUGUAGCUGUACAUGCUGUGAGCUGGGUUCUGCAGUUUGUGGGCCACGGCAGGUUUGAGGGGAGGAAGCCGGCGUUGCUGGAUAAUCUGGUGCAGGCGCUAGUUUUGGCGCCGUUGUUUGUGUGGUUUGAGGUGCUUUUUAGGUUGGGGUUUUAUCGGGGG